GGCUACCUUACGCGUUCAGUAGUUGCGGUCCGCCGGCGAGCACUUAUUGACAUUUCGACAGUCUGCCGCGCGCSCACCACGUCGGUUAUUCCCUCUCAUCAUUGCCGUUCGUUUGUUAAAUUGUUUUUGCCGCCAAAAUUUCCAAAGGUACCCAUAGGACCAUCGCGACUUCAAGAUGUCCGAAUCGCUCUCGCUGACCGGCAUCGGACCCCCGUCCGACACCAAGAAUCAAAAAUCAAAAUCGUACGCUGUGAAUGUGCAACAGGAAAACAUGUCGCUCAACGCCAAUGGAUCUCCGCCAUACGAUCCUCACGCGCAUAGGAUACUUGAACAUCCCACCACAAAUUCCGAGACGCUCAUCCACUUGCUCAAAGGCAGUUUGGGAACCGGGAUUCUGGCUAUGCCCAAUGCCUUCUACAACUCCGGAUUGCUCGUCGGGACCGUGGGCACCAUACUUAUCGGUAUCUUGUGCACGUAUUGUUUGCACGUUUUGGUCAGAUCUCAGUACCUAUUAUGCAAGAGACACCGAGUACCCAUACUCAGUUACCCGGAUUCCAUGAAAUACGCACUACAAGACGGUCCGGCCUUUUUGAAAUUCGGAGUUCCUCUUUCUGCAAUUAUCGUUGACGGGUUCUUGAUCGUCUACCAACUAGGAAUAUGUUGCGUAUACAUCAUGUUCAUCGGGACCAGCAUCAAACAGACAUUUCCUGUUGGGGAKGAGGUUUUCGAACCGACUCGRAAAGAUUUGAAUAUUAACCUCUCCCAAGUGGUCAAACUCAUCUUCGCGUUCGCCAUAUUCAUCACGUACGCGCUCCAAGCUUACGUACCGGUGGAUAUUAUCUGGAAUACGUACAUGAAGAAGAGGAUUCAAAACUGGGACAAGACGACCAUGGAAUAUCUGCUCCGUAUCUCCGUCGUGGUCGUUACGUUCCUGCUGGCCGUCGCCAUUCCGCUGUUGGAGCUGUUCAUAUCGCUGUUCGGCGCACUGUGUCUGUCCGUGUUGGGCAUCGGUUUCCCGGCGCUCAUCGAGAUCUGUGUCCUGUGGCCCGAACGUAACUUCGGCCGCUUCUAUUAUGUACUCAUCAAGGACAUCAUAUUGAUCAUCAUCGGCAUCCUUGCCCUGGUGCUGGGCACGUACAUCAGCUUGCAGGACAUCGCCAAUAAGUUGUAACGCGAAUACGAUUUAAUAUUAUUAUCUUAGCCUGUAUUAAGUUAUUCCCUAUUAUAUACAUAUAACGAAGAAACAUAUAUUUACCAACCGUGCCCAUAAUGUUUUAUUAUUAUUAUUAUUACGAUUGCGAGCAUAUUUUUGUCUCAGUUUAUUUUUUUUUUUUUAAAGUAUUUAAUUUAUGUGCGUGAACGUAAAUCGCGCGCGUGUUCACAGGGUCGUCUUCGUCGUUUCGGCGUUUGUCAAAAAACGACGAGGUUUACGUUACGCCUAGUAAUUUUUUAUCCUUAAAAGUCUUCGGACACGUCUGUCGUAGCGCAUUAGGUUGUUUUCGGUAGUGAAAAAUCCGUCCGGACUCUUCGUGUUAGAGGUACAGCUCGAAAACGGAAUUCGCACCGAUUCAAUCAAUAUUGUUCUUUGUGUUCAUCGAAAGGAACAGUACCAUUAUAAUAUUAUGUUUCCCACCAGAAUUGUUUUUCUAUUGUCAUUAUUUUUUUUUCGACGAUUGUUCUUAUGUUUGCCUCCGUCGUGUGUAGGCGUCUGACACUAUAAUAUAGGGCGAGAGUAGCUCAAUUUUUAAAUUUUUUGAUAAAACAAUAAUAAUAUAAAAUACGUUAAAAGCACGUGGUUAUCAUUUUGAACAAUGGCAAUAUUUUAUUUUUAUACAAAAUGCGGAUUUUCUAGUGCCUCUAGACUAUAAAUAAUAAUAAUAAUAAUGUUAAACUUAAUGAAUAUUAAAUAUUGUUUAAAAAGUGUUAUACAUAGUUUUACAUUGUAAUAAUUUCUUAAAUAUACAUCAUAAUUAAAAGAUGAUAACAAUGUUAUGUGUAGUUAAUAACAUCUUCUGUUGUAAGAACCACAUUAUAUUGUAAGUUUGAUUUAGUGACUGAGACUCUAUUAGUAAUAAAUAAUAAUAAUAUUUUUGUUAAUAUCGCAAUGACAUUGUUAUGUUCGGGCAAAUGUGUCCAUAGUAAAGCUGAUUAUUUUUAAAUACUGUAAGUUAAGAUUUUUUAAAAUAUUGUGUAAAUAAACACUAUUAAAACAAUA